UUUACAGACGGGGGAGCAGGAGAGGCGCAGACACAGGGUGGGAGGUUAAGACAAGGAAAAAUUGCAUUAAAGAGAAACGGAGAGAAAGGUAGAAAUAGGUGCAGAAAAAUAAAGGUACACAAGUGAACAAAGACACAGAGCGAGCAUCAUGGCGCUGAUCCCCUCGCAGAUUCUCCGGGUCGCCAUCCUGCUGUCUUAUUUCUCCAUCCUCUGCCACUACAAAGCUUUAGACAUGCCGGCACACCAGACCUAUGGAGGCAGCUGGAAGUUUCUGACCUUCAUCGAUCUGGUGAUCCAGGCGGUGUUUUUCGGAGUGUGUGUCCUGAUCGAUGUGUCCAGUUUGCUAACUAAGGGGGGCGACAGCAGAGAGCAGGAGAGACAGCUCAGGAAGCUGAUUGGCCUGAGGGACUGGAUGAUGGCUGUACUGGCCUUCCCUGUCGGAGCGUUUGUGGUGUUUACGUUCUGGACUCUCUACCUGUACGACAGAGAACUGGUCUACCCCAAACUACUGGACAACUUCAUCCCGCAGUGGCUCAACCAUGGCAUGCACACCACCGUUCUUCCUUUCAUCAUCAUCGAGAUGAGGACCACCCACCAUCGGUAUCCCAGCAGGUCGUGGGGUCUGGCAGCAGUGUGCUGCUUUGGCGUGGGAUACAUCCUCUGGACGUGUUGGGUGCACCAGGUGACAGGUGUGUGGGUGUACCCGGUGCUGGAGCGCAUCACUCCGCUGGCUCGAGUCAUGUUCUUCAGUGCGAUGACCGUGGUGAUUUGUGUUUUCUACACCCUCGGAGAAAUCCUCAACAGCUACAUCUGGGACCAGCCACACACAGAAAAGGUCAAAGGUGAGUGAUCUUCUCUCGACUGCUGGACUUUAAAAUCGGCCCUUGUUGGAUGGAAGAGGACAAGUUGUGCUCCGCCCCCAGGGACAGCACAAGAACAGAAAACAAGUGACCUCUCCAGAAGUGGAAAAGACCAUUACUUUUGAACUGUACCCAUAAAAAUAACAUAGGAAAAGACGGAAACAUAAUCAUUUCAAUGUAAAUAGAGAAAAAGGUGACAAAACUCAUCUUUUGUUUUUUUCUCUUAUUCUGUUGUUUUUCAGUGGCAACCGUGUUGAGUCUGGCUUUGUUAUGUGGAGGAUGGUGAACAAAAUGCACAAACAUACAUCUCCACAAAAUGUUGGACUUUAACAUUGACAUACUGCACACACAGAAACACACUAACAGUGUUUGUAAUCUGCUUUUAUGGUAUGAAGUAGGCCUACUUAUCAAAGUGAAUGAAUUCCUUCAUAAGCUACUAUGAAACUACUGAACAUCAAUAAUGUGUUAAACAUCAUUAUUAUUCAUCUUAUGAGUCGCAUUACAUGUAUGGAAGAAACUAGAUGUUGGCGCAAAAUUAAUAAAGUUUGAUUGGAAAAUA